AUGGAAUAUAACGUAACGAGUAUUUCAUCCACAGCGUUUACAAUUAAUACUGUCUCACGUUGGCUAAACUAUGUACUAGCUAUACCAAUGAUAAUAUUAGGAAUUCUUGGAUCAAUAUUAACUAUCCUAGUUUUUACGAGACAAAGUUCAUUUCAACGUAAUCCAACCAUUAUUUAUUUACUCGCUGGUGCCAUCAUGACAGCAAUACAUCUGCCAACAAUCUAUUUACAGAGUAUACUUGUUGAUGGUUUCGGUUUAGGUAUAUUUAAUACUAAUGAUCUUGCAUGUCGAGAACAUAAUUAUUUACUAUAUGCUACAACUGUUGCUGCUAUUUCAUUUCCUUGUUGGGCAGCAUUUGAUCAAUAUGCAAGUACAUGUCGUGAAGCAAGUUUUCGAAAUCGAUGGAGUUCAAUACGAGUAGUUCGAGCAGCUAUCACCGGUACUAUAAUCUUUUGGACAAUAGUUUAUUUGCCAAUGAUUUUUUUCAGUGGUAUCGAUCAUAAUAUUUGUGUAUUAACAAAUAUUUACUAUAGAAAUUUGAAUGAUUUUAUUGUAACACCUCUAGUUUAUACGAUCGGUCCACUGACAUUUAUUAUAAUAUUUACAAGAAGAACUAUACAAAAUCUUCGCGCGGUUACUUUGACAAAUCGUCGUGAUCAUUUAACGAAACAAAUUCGUCAUAUGCUUAUCCCUCAAUUGAUUAUACUUGCUCUGUCCGGAGUACCAUUUGGUUUACAAAACAUAUAUUUUAAUCUCACUAAUGAUGUAUACAAAGAUAGUCUUCGACAAGCUAUCGAACAUUUAUUCGUUCAAAUAAUUCGUUUAUUUUAUCAUUUUAAUUUUGUUUUUACAUUCUAUAUUUAUUUAUACAUGUCAAGUGAAGUAAGAAAAGUACUACGACGAAUAACUACUAGUUCACGUAAAAAAAGUAUUGAAGGUUCAAAUACAGAUUCUAUUGUAUUACAAACAUUGACGUGUGACAAUACUUCUCGAGAUCGUUUGUUUUGA